AUGGAUCAUCUUGAUAAAGACCAAGUGAAAUAUGUGGAGGAGCAAAAGGAGGAAAGUAGCAAGUGCCGCAACGUUUGGCAAGAAAUAAUUAGAAAAACUCUUGGAUGUACAAAGGAACAAAUACAAAAAUACGUUGCAAGUUGUAGAAGAGAAAAGGAAAGGAUCAUUUCCAUUCUAUAUGGAAGUGUCUUCCAAGGGGAAAGGUACCUUGCGUAUACAAAAAAAUGGAGAGGAAACACCUUAAACGAAAUCAUCAACCAAGACGAAAGGAAUUAUGCAGAGUUGAAAAAGUUGGGAACGGCAGACAAUAGCUACUUGUGCAGGUUAGCCCUUGGGUAUGUGGACCAGGAUGGUGCAGAUAUUUUCGGACAGAAUGGACAGGAAGAACUUAACAAUUGUGACCAUGAGGGUAACGGUGACGGCGACGCAAACAAUCACGCUGAAGCUAACGCUAAUGGCAACACAACCACCAUUACAGACAACAUCACAGACAUCACCAAUAACAACAACAAUAACACCAGCAACGGACCCACCACCAUCAGCAACCACUGCAACAUUGUCACGAGAGGAAAAGCGCACCAUGCAGAAAAUAACGCACCCUUGAACGAGAACGAUGGAAUGCUCGAAAAAUUGAACUUUUUAGAAAAAAGAAAUUAUAGGAACAAGUCCAAGGUAGGCUACUAUAACGAUCUCCACGAUGGUAUCACGAACAGCCACUAUUACUAUAGUAACGAAUACGGAAAUGGAACCGCUGAUUUUCACUCUGCUGGUAAUUAUUACAGUGUGGGCGGCCGAAAUGUACGGAACAACCGAAGGGUAGCAGGUCUAAAUGCAACCGGCCAAAGCAAACAAAAUGGUGACCCCUCUUGCGAAUUCCCAUCGGAACAAAAUGAUGCAAUAAUUAAAUACAAGUAUCUGCCUACGGGUGUUUUCUACAGUCGAGUUUCUCGAUCCUUUAUUGCCAAUUGGAUUGAUCAUAAAACAAGAAAACAAAUUAAAGUACCAUAUAAGAUUGCUGAGUUUGGAAUAGAAAAAAGUAUGAUCUUAGCCAUCCUUUCUAGGAAUCAUCGUAUUAAUAAACUGCAAAAAGCUCUGCAAUGCUACGACAGCUUAACCACCGAACAGAAGGAGGAAAUGUUGCAAGCCAUUAGAACCACACCAAAGAGUGAAAAGAUCUUUCACGAUUUGUUAAAACCGAGCGGGAUGGGCACACCCAACGGGAAGGAAAUGCCAAAUGGGGGGGUCACACCCAACGGAAAGGGAACUCCCAACGCCUUUACUCACAGUAGAGCAUCCCCAAACGGCACAAUAGACGGGCACACCAAUCAGGUGAACGUCCAAAUGGACCAACCAAUUUGCCAUGUGGACCAACUAAUCGGUCAAUCCAACCAGCUAAUCAGUCCACCCAACCAACUAAUCGGUCAACAGAACCAGUUCCCCUCACUCAGCAGCAGCAACAACUCCCCGAAGAACCGUGACCAUCGGAAACCGAAACGCACAACAGUCAAAAAAACAAAUAUCGAAAAGAGAAAAGCGAAACAGCCUUACCAUAACGCAGAAAAUUUACCCACUGGGGUGUAUUUUUAUCAAGGCUCCUAUGUAGCCAAUUGGUGGGAAACACAACAAAAGAAACAAUUCAAAGUUCCUUUUAAAAUUUCAGAGCAUGGAAUAACCAAAGCCAAAAAUCUAGCCAUCAUUUCCAGAAUUAUUAGAUCAUCCUCUGUGCAACAAGUCAAUUUCAUUUUAUCACAAAUGGAGCAAACAAUGGACAUCACAAAGUUGGACUAUGCUGCCAUGGUUGCGUUAGCUAGUAAAUAUAUAUUAACUGAACCUCCGAGGGAGGAGUAA